UGUGUUGGAAAAAUUGCAGAGGAUAAUACGAAUUGUGAAAUUUUAAUCAUAUUUCCAUUAAUUCAUCGGCCAUUGUUAAUAGCGGAAUUGGGGCCCUGUUAAUCACGAAGAGGGAUCAUCCUCUGAAAAUGGUUAUUAUAACUGCAACUGUGCUAACUUUGUUUUAUAAACUUGCCAUUUAUUUCAAGCAUUGGAUGUCAGUAAAGGUCCAGAAAAUCACGGAGCCGCUGGUGCUGGGCGAGGGUCCGCACUGGGACGAGAAGCAGCAGGCGCUGUUCUUUGUGAGCAUCCUUGACCACACCAUACAUAAGUACGUACCCGCCACUGGGACACACACAAAGACAAAACUAGAUGGCCGUGUGGGUUUCAUGGUACCAGUCGAAGGCACUACUGACCAGUUCCUCGUGGGGGUGGAGCGCAAGUUCCUGGUGGUGCGGUGGGACGGCGAGGAGGGCUCGGCGGCCGCUGUCGUCCGUGAGAUAGCGGAGAUAGACAAAGACGUGCCCACUAAUAGGAUCAACGAUGGCAAGGCUGAUCCCAGGGGGAGGGUGUUCGCAGGAACGAUGGGAAAGGAAGAUGCUGUAGGCAACGUGGAUAGGAAGCAAGGAAGCUUGUUCCGCCUGGACGGGGCCAAGGUUACGAAGGUGGCUGACCACAUCGACAUCUCCAACGGCCUGGCCUGGGACCUGCGCCAGAAGGCCAUGUACUACACCGACUCGCUAGAGAGGAAUAUCAGGAGAUACGACUAUGAUGUCGAUACGGGAGAGAUUUCAAACGUGAAAUACAUUUUCGACUUCGAGAAGAACAUGAUAGAUGGCGUCCCAGACGGCACGACCAUAGACACUGACGGGAAUCUCUGGGUCGCCGUCUUCGAGGGGUCUUGUAUCCUCAAGAUAGACCCCAGGAAGGGUGAGCUGCUCCAAAAGAUCCCCAUUCCAGCUUGCCAAGUGACCUCAGCUACGUUCGGAGGUCCGAACUAUGACGUGCUGUUUGUAACAACAGCAAGUAUCGUGAGCCGAGGGCCUCAAGAGCCUCCUUGUGGAGCCACCUUCAUGGUCACUGGAUUAGGAGCUAAAGGAAACCCCAAUAUUAACUUUAAGCUUUAAUUAUGCGCACACUGUUUUUCAUAUAGUAUGUGCACGUAUAAUGUAAUCGAAAUCAACAUUUUAUAAAAACUUGUAAUCUUUAUACCAAUGUUUAGACUGAAUUAUUCGUAAUUAUACAACCUUUUAAAAGACAUUAUAUUAUCCUGUUACAAUAUUGUUAUUUAGAAAUGUAUCCGAUAUGUUAAAUAUACGUACCUAAUUGUUAUCGUA